CAUCAGCUCUAGUUUCUUAGAUGUAGUUAUGAUUUUUUAUGGGAGAGCAGAUGAAGACUGCUACAUGACAAAGGUAGAGCUGAUAGGGGAAAACUGGUGACAUUUUGGGAAUCAACAAGUCCAGUAUACGCAAAAACAGAUGUAACAUUUAAAGCACCAGAAUGUGUGUUGGACAGUGUUAUCAGCAGCCUCAAUGAACUCUGAGAUUUAUAAAGGUGUGUGUGUCCACACACACACACACAAAUCAUGAUCUAUAAAUCAACAGGGGCUGGGAGUGAUUGGUAUGUUUCAAAUGCAGUCUUAUUCUUGGGCUAGAAUCAAAAACUGUGCCCAAGGAAGAUGAUGUUGUGAAGAAGGUCAUACCUGAUUGACUUUGAAUGCCGAACAAAAGUGUUCCUUGCACAUUUGUAAUAGAUUCCAUUUGUACCCAUCUGAAUUUGGCGAGGAGAUGCUCUCUUACAGUUAAAAUAAUUGGUAUGCAGCCAGGGUUUGCUGCUUGAAUUGAGAAGAAAAAAAGAGUUAGGAGUUGUGAGCUGGCUUAAUGUGAAGCACCACGCGUCAGGGUGCAAGCAACUCCUGCCAAGAUCUGGAUUUGCCAAUAUGCUGAAUCAAUUUGGCCCUAAGGGGGGCCUGCUUAUAUAGCUGUAAAAUUGACUAGAUAUUCAAAAGAUGCUGUAAAUCUGUUCUUUCUCCCUUAAAAAGCUGGCUUCUUUAGGGCUCCUUCAGCCCAUUGACUGUGGUUACUUUGGGAAGUGGAAAAUGCAUAACAGUAUGCUCAGAUGGUAACUAAUAUAAUCUGGUUUCUGUAUGUGUGUUAUGCACAUAUUUGCUUGUGAUUUAUUUGGACUGAUCUUUCUUCCUCUUGCUUAAUACCUUUGUAUCCUCCAGUUAAAGUUGUUCAGGCCCAAUUUUUGGCAUAACAGUUGUUGUUUUAAUUAAAUAUUAUACUACUUACCUGUGCUUCUCCUAGGUCUUAAGAAUGGAAGGCAUGAUAGAUUUCCGUACUUUGGAAAAGGAGUUGGAACAAGCGAUUGCCAGUGAUGAGAAGUACAAGAGAGAAAAUGAUGCCAAAUUUCGAGCAGUGCGCCAGAAAGUAUCAUCCUAUGAAGAAUUCAGGGAUAUUGUUCGAGCAUCACACUUGAAGCCUUUAGAAAAAGGGGACAAAAUGAGGAACAAAAAAAGCAUGUUAUGGAAUUCCUGUGCAUUUAAAUCAAACUGCAAAGAAGAAAGUGGAAUAGAAUUGUCUCAGGAGUUAGAGCAACUCCCUGAGACUUCUGCAGAAUUCUACAGAGACUGGCGCAGAUGCAUGAAAAGCAGCCAGCAACGAUACCAGCUUCUGCUCCAACUUGGACCCCAGAGUUUGGGCAGAAUUUUUCAAACUGACUUGGCUUAUGGUCUUCUAGGUGAAUUCCUAGCGGUGCUCACAGAAAAUGUCUGCAUGGAAGACCAAAACACUGUCUUGGAAAUCUUGGAGAGUUUUGCUGGCACAAAACGCUUUGGUCUGAAUAUAGAACUUCUGGGUGAGCAAGAGAAAGAAGGCUGCAGGGGAUUAUUUGAGAAACUGCAAAAAAUGGCUUCUGUCCCUGGUGAACCUGCUGAAUCUCCACAUGUUUCUAAUGAAGGAAGUAUGGCUCAGUCCAAAAUACAUGGCCAAACAGAUGGGACAGCUGGAGAAAAACUGAGGAAACUGAUGCAGCUUUAUCAAAUCUCCUGAAAUAAUCUUACAUCUUUAUUGUCAACUACACUGUAUUGGAAAAUAUUGCAGAAUACAAGGAAGAUUGAAAGACCAACUCAUAAUAUAUUUUUUAAAAAAUGAGGAAUCCUUAAGGGCUUGUCUUACACAUUUCCCGUUCUGCAAAAGAACUUAUGCAGAAGAAGUAUCCAGUGAUUAAACCCUUUGUACAUUCUUUAUUUUGUGCUACACCAGUUACUGAGUUUUUACAUAAACUUGACCUUCUCCAUUCAGUCUGACAGUAAAUAGUUUUUGUGGAUGGUUUUGCUUCUUUCUGCUAUAACUUGUUUCAUGUUUCUCACAGCUUUGAAUUUUUCUUUUCAAAAUGAAAUAAAUACAGUAUCAAUGA